UCGAAUCUUCCGAUACUGAUACCACCGGUUAUCGAAAGCAAAGUAUCGGAACUUCCUUAUCCGUGACCCUAACCUCAAUGUUUUGAUCAGUUUAUCAGUUGCUCUGUUGUACAUGUACAUUAUACCGGUAUUAUUGUUUCAAUAGUGUUAGGAAACAAUAUUAUUUUUAAUUCAGUGGAGUGAGUUUUAGGUAUAUUGCAUAGAUAACAUCUGAUGUAUAUCAUCUCUUCUUCAAAAUAAGUAAACACUAACCCUUCUAUAGGGUUAUAUUAGCUAAUCAUCUUGAUUAACUCAUGAAAUUUAUUUUAUAAUGUCAAGCAAAACACCAGUAUCAACACUGCACGAGUUGUUUGUGGUGAAAGGUAUAACACCUUACUACAACCUGGUGGUGAAUGGUGUAGGUAGUCACAAUCCUGUCUUCAAAUACCGCCUGGAAUGCGGGGAUAUCGUAUCACACGGCACCGGCAAAUCGAAGAAGGAAGCGAAGCACGAUGCAGCCCAGAACGCACUAAACCAACUCAAAAACAACGGCCUGUUCACAGAGGAAUUGCAGGAGCAAACGGUGGUGGAUGAGGCCAACAUUCCUGUUGCGUCACCUUACCAGGACGUAUUGAAAGAGAAUGUUGUCGGGACUCUGACUGCACUAUGCACAUCGAAUCGAAUCAGCGAACCGGUUUAUGAACUAAUCGGUGAGGAGGGACCUCCACAUAGCAAGACCUUCACCAUACAAUGCAGUGUUCUCCAUCUGAAAGAGGUGGCUCAGGCACGAACCAAGAAGCAGGCCAAACACAAGUCUUCAAAGCAAAUGAUCGACAAGUUGCAGCAGUACUGCAGCCUCGACUUUACCGCUCUUGAGGAAGAUGUUGAUGGUAAACCUCCCAAUACUCAGACAGAAACAACAGCUGCUAAUAAGGAUUUAAAAGAGGAAAUUGAGCAAGUCAAAAACAAAUAUGCAGCAAUGCAAAAAACCAAACCAAUGGUAGAGAAUUUAGGACUGAGAAUAAGUGACUAUCACACUGUCGGUACAGAUUGCAACUCUUUUCUGCUCCACCCUAAUUUCGAGAAUAUUAAAAGUAUAAAUAUAAACGAAAUUGAAGAUCCUUACGCGUAUGUAUUAACAUUACUUGAGGGCACAGAAAUUGAACUGGUGUGGGAAGAUAUGCCAUCGCUGCCUUCAUCAACUUUUGUUUAUUCAAAGUGUGCAAUGCUUUACACUUCUCCUAAUUGGACCUUUACGGGUCUCGGUGCCACUGAGGCACAAGCACUCAAAAUCUGUGCUACUGAAAUGUUGAAAUUCUUUCAAACUCUAUUGAUAUAAUUUUAAUAAUAUUCAGUGUGUUUGGUUUGAUUUAGGCAUAGAGAAAAGAUAGUAUAGGAGGAUAUCUCAUAGUAUAGGUAUUUUAUGUUUACUUUCAAAUUUCAUGCCGAUUUCUUAUCAACUCAAGCCGAUUCCAAUCUAUUAUAAGAACUAUUUGGAUUAUCGGCUUGAAUUAACAGUAAAAUUUGGAACAUAAACGCCCUAGGCUAUACCGUGGGAUAUACUCCCAUGCUAUCUUUUCUCUAUCUUUACUAUUGUUCAGGCUAUUCAGCCAGUGGAUCACAGCCAGCAAACAUUCUACUGUAUACAAUUUACUUGAACUAUUCAUUCCUGGAAUGUGUGAUUAAGUUUCGAUUAACCAAAGUUGUGAUUGAAUCAAGUAACAGUGAACUUGACGGGAUGUAAUGGAAUCAAUUCCUUCUGCAGUCUAAACCUUUUUCCAAUAACCUUCAACUUUCAUUGAGAUUAUUAUUUUCCAGUGAGUGAUGAAUAAUAUGUUUACCUUUCAAAAUGUACAAUAAUAAUUUUUUCAAUAAUAUUUCAAAAUGUAUGAAUAAAUUCCAAGUCAUUGUGACAAUGUCAA